UAAUUCCUAAAUGCUAAAAAGCUCCCGAUAUAGCCUACCUUAUGUAUGAAUACUGAAUAGUAUAAAACACUUGCAUAGGUUGCUCACGCUUGUUCUUCAACACACAAGAUACUUAGAUACUUAAUGAUGGGAAUAAUAAUCAAUGUUAAUGAUCUCUCGUUUCUCUCAACAUUAAUGUUCUGUUUUCUUUCCUUGCUCGUUUUCUUCCUCUUCUCUAACAUAUUAUCAUCAAAACCCAGUGAUAAAAUCCCCAGAUCGUAUCCUCUGGUAGGUUCUUAUUUCUCACUUUUGAAAAACAGAGACCGCCGGUUUCAAUGGCUUUCCGAUGCCAUCAAUAGCUCCCCCAAUCUGAUCUUCACCUUACACCGCCCUGGAAUUUCCAAGGUUUACACUGCUAACCCUUUGAAUGUAGAGCACAUCCUCAAAGCGCGCUUCUCUGUUUACUCAAAAGGCGAUUUCGCAAGAACCACUUUAGCUGAUUUUCUUGGCGACGGAAUCUUCAACGUCGACGGAGAGAAGUGGAAGUUUCAGAGAGAGGUCGCCAUCCAUGAGUUCAACACGAAGUCUCUGCGCAACUUCAUCUCCACCGUCGUUGACACAGAGCUCUCCGGCCGGUUAAUUCCCAUUCUGUCCUCUGCCUCGCGGGAAAAAACGCUUCUUGAUUUUCAGGACAUUCUUCAAAGAUUCGCUUUUGAUAAUAUCUGCAAGAUCUCUUUCGGGUAUGAUCCCGGGUAUCUCUCGCCGUCCCUACCGGCAGCGACAUUGGCGGUCGCUUUCGAGGAAGCUCUGAAGAUCAGCAGUCAGAGAUAUGACGAAAUUAGCCCUCUUGUCUGGAAAUUGAAACGCCGUUUCAACAUUGGAUCCGAACGGAAGCUCCGGAUUGCGGUGGACGAGGUGCGAGAUUUCGCCAAGAAAAUCGUCAGAGAGAAAAAGAAAGAACUGGAGGAGAAGUCAACGCUGGAUUCCGUUGACCUUCUGUCAAGAUUCUUGAGCUCCGGCCACUCGGAGGAGAACUUCGUGACGGAUAUCGUCAUCAGCUUCAUACUCGCCGGCCGGGACACGACGUCCGCCGCUUUGACUUGGUUUUUCUGGUCAAUUUCCCGGCGUCCGGAAGUUGAAGAUAAGAUAUUGGAAGAGGUGAAAUCGCAAUCCGAGGCGGCGGUGUACGGUGGGGUAAAGGACAUGGUUUACACACACGCCGCCCUUUGUGAGGCGAUGAGGCUUUACCCGCCGGUUCCGGUGGACUCAAAAACGGCCGGCGAGGAUGACGUUUUGCCAGACGGGACGGCGGUGAAGAAGGGGUGGAGGGUAAGUUAUCACACGUAUGCGAUGGGGAGGGCGGAGGAGCUGUGGGGGCAGGAUUGGGCGGAGUUCCGCCCUGAACGGUGGCUAAACAGGGAAGGAGACGGGAAUUUGAGCUUCGUGGGGAAAGACCAGUACAUAUAUCCGGUGUUCCACGCAGGGCCGAGGAUUUGUCUGGGUAAAGAGAUGGCUUUCUUACAGAUGAAGAGGGUGGUGGCCGGCAUUUUGAGGCAAUUCAGGGUAAUACCGGUGGCGGAGGAGGGCAAGGAACCCGUCUACGUAGCCUAUCUAAUGUCAAAGAUGAAGGGUGGUUUCCCGGUGAUGAUUAAGGAAAGAAUAGGGGUGCAAAUCAGCUGAGCCGUUCGUGAGCCGCUCGGUCAAAGUUCGAGUCAGCUCGUUAAACAGUUGAGUCAGAAACGAAAUUAAUAUUGAUAUUAAAUUAUAAAACCAGCACACAAUAUAUAUUUGAUAUAUAUAUAUAUAUUUAUAGGGGUGAGAUCACAUACAAACCAUGCUUAACUUACUAACCUACAAACUCAAUAAUAUGCAACACUUUGAACUUUAAUAUACAGUACAAAUAAUGUAAAGAUGCACUCUUUGAAUUUCAAUAUGCAAUACAAAUAAUGUAAACAUGAAAUUGCUAUUUUAUGGCUUGAAUAAUACGAAACACUUUGAACUUCAAUGUGCAAUACAAAUAAUGCAAAGAUGAUUUGAAUGAGAUGACUAGUUUGUAUGUGAUCCUACCCCUGCAUCUUUACAUUAUUUUUACUGCAUAUUGAAGUUCAAAGCGAUGCAUAUUAUGGAGUUUGUAGGUUAGUAAGGCAAUAAAGGUCCCUAAUGAAGUUUACACGUUGACUUCACACAUAUUAAGGAAAUAAAUUUGACUUUACUGUAGAA